UGGCGACCCACACCCAUCCGGCGGCGCAGCACUUUCCUCCGCCCCCAGUUACACACGCACUCACGGGGGCGGGUGGGGGGAGCAGUGGCUGUGCAAAGCCCCGCGCUGCCACCGCGGCGGGAGGGAUGCGCCAGCUUUCGGGUCAACGUGCCCCCCAGAAUGAGGGGAAAGUGCUUUGCUCUUCGGGCCUGCCCCGUUCUUCUGUCCACGUUAGAAGAGUUUUUGUUGUUCUGCAGCUGUAUGGGACUGACCUUAAACUUUCCCCGACCUCUUCUCGAGACCCUGGGGCUCGGGUCGUGGUGGCCACCGGGGAUCGAGGAUCCAACUAUAUGGAAAAGAAGGAACUCCAGUGCCCAGCUUCUUAUCUCUUCCCUGCUUUUUAGAAACAGACUAUAAAUUCCCAGGAGGUUUCGGGAGUUCACGUCUGCACUCACCAGCUAACCUUUGGGAAAAACCUUUUGAUUCGGGGUCCUGGUGUACUUAAAGGCUAGUCCCUGAAGGUGCGCGUGAUGGAAAAAAGGGCUUCCACCCCAGUCGCGCCCCAAGAUGCUCUCCAAGUUUUGGUGUCCCGUUUGCUCUGAGCUUAUCCUGGAGAAUUUCAGGUAAGUCUUGGAUAAGUCAUUGGAAAGGGGGAGGGGGGUCAACUUCCCUGGACCCAGCGGGAAGUCCCGCUUCCCCACCCCCACCCUCACAUACACACCCCUUCUUCUCUCCCUCCAAAUGGUUAUCACAACUGUGUACAAACUGAUAUGGUCCUGAGCCGGCAAAGGGACUGGAAAUGAACGUCGCAGGGUUAUCAGCGCCGAUCUGUCAGCAGCGAGGCGCGCGGCCGCAGGUUGGUCCGCAGGAGCUGUGAUAUAUGUCUCGCUCCCUUUAACGCACAAACACAUUUCUUCCGACAGACGUGACCCCAGAAGGCCGCGGAGAGAGAAUUUUAACUAGGGCAGGAGGAGUUGCUUUGUGAGAAUGGAUUUUACAAUUUUUUUCCAGCUCCGCAGCAGCUGAACGAGGGUGCACCGGCCCUGACACCGCUGGGACAGACCGUGACCGACCCCACAACGUGCGGUCUCAAAUGGCUGGAGAAGGCGCCCGGGAUUUUACCUUCCAGAUUCCCAAUCCCUUUUUAACAUUGCCUAAAACAAGGGUGGGCAGUUGCAAUUUGCUCCUUUGCACGGUCACAAUUUUUUUUAGACUGGUUUUCCAACUAAAGGAGACAAGGGGUAGUAAAAUGGUUUUUCUUUUUUUUUUCUUUUCAGUUCGCUUAAAAAUAAAACAAAACCGUUUAACCCGUAGAGUUUAUCCAGACAACAAGCUAAGGCUGCCUGACCCAUCCAGUGUACCAUUUCCCCAAUGCAUUGGAUUUGGCCCUGGGGAAAACACCCCCGGAAGUAGUGGCACAUUUUCAAAGCCACCCCUAAGGGACCCUGGGUCCCGCGCUUCCUUGGAGCACACCAGCUGGUCCAGAAAGGAGGGCAGAAUAGGGAUGCGGAGGGAAGAAGUGCACCCCAAACUAGGGAGGAACCCGAGAGCUGGAGAAGUCCCCCAUAAUUCCCCAGUGAACAGGCUGCUAGAAGUUCUAUUCUCUUCGCGGUUUUUUCUUUAUCUUUUUCCUUUCCUUUUCCUUCCGUCUGUCUCCUUUUUGAGGAGAUUUACUAAACUGAAACGAAAUUAUUUCUCCCCGGACUAUUUAGACUCGAGGAGGGGCCCCUCUGGAGUGAGCCUUCCGUCCUCAAGCCGCCCUCCUCGCCCUCGGAGAGGUGCUGGCUCCGAAAUGCGACCUGUCCCCAAGGCUGAUUUAUUUGGGCUGCGCCACACUACUAUUUGCGAUUCGAAUCCAGCCGGAAUCCGGCAGCCAAUUGGGCAGGGGGCGGAGGCUUUGCUGCCAAAUGCGAAGGGGUGUUUGGGAACCCAGUGGUGCUCUGUUUCCAGAGGAGGGCGAGACCCGGGUGAGGACCGAGAAACCACACGCCUUUACCCGCCCCCCGAAACCUUAAGCUCAAUAAGUUGUCAGUUCACAAAGCUCCCGGCUGCUCCAGCGAGGUUUCGGAAAGAAAGAAUACAAAGAAUACAAUUUCUGAUUUAAAACGUAGUUUUAAAUUGAGAGUUUUAAAAAAGAUCCCUGGGGCCUUCUUGCCGUUACCGUAUUUCUUGCUGUCCCUGGGACGCUUUUGACGAAGGACACGGGUCGCCCCGGUGCCCCCACCCCAGCCAGCAUCCUGCCCCAAUAGUCGGGUUGGGGCGGCCUGUCCCCCGGACUCAGCGGCUGCCAAUCCAAUGCAAGCGCGUCCAGAGAGUCCAGGCGGUGUUUGGGGUGGGGGAGGGCGGGUUGUGUGUGUGUCUCUCUCUCUCUCUCUCUCUCUCUCUCUCUCUUUUUCUUUAAUUCUCGGUAGCCCAAAAACACUCUUUAGGAAAGUCAGGUGGUGGCGGCGGGAGCUCGAGAACUGCGCAGCCUAGAAAGCCGGGUCGCCCCCCCCCCCCCCCCGUCCGGCUCCCCGCCCCCUCGCCUCGCCCCGCUGGUCACCAGGAGUUGGGAACUUGCCGCGCCAACGCCGGGCCAGGGCGGUCGGCACCGAGUCCCGGCGCGCGCGCGGCUGCUG